AUGGCUGAUGAGUUGUAUAAGAAGGGGAUCGAUGGAAGUUUGUCGAGAUGUUUAAGCCAGGAUGAUAAAGAUAUUGCUUUAGGUGAAGUUCAUAAAGGGAUAUGUGGUGCCCAUCAAGCGGGAAAGAAGAUGAAAUGGAUGUUAUAUCGCAACCACGUGUAUUGCCCAUCCAUGAUAAAAAAAAUUGCAUCGAUUAUGCAAAGGCAUGUCAGGAAUGUCAAAAACAUGGCUAAUGGGCAAGUGGAGGAAGCAAAUAAAAUCCUGAUAAGUCUGAUAAAAAAGCAUAUCGGGAAUAGACCUCGAACGUGGCAUGAAACUUUAAGCCAAGUAUUAUGGGCAUAUCGAAAUUCACCAAGGGGGUCAACAGGUACUUUGCCUUCUAAAUUGGUUUAUGGCCAUGAUGCGGUGCUACCACUAGAAAUUAAUUUGAAUACUUUGAGAGUAUCGAAACAGAAUGACUUGCUAGUCGAUGAUUACUGGAAUGCAAUGUUUGAUGAGUUGAAUGAAUUAGAUUCAGAGCGAAUCCUGGCACUUGAUAAUAUAAUUCGACAAAAAGAAAGUGUUGCUCGAAGUUAUAAUCGUCGAAUAAGAGAAAAGUGUUUCAGUAUAGGUGAGUCGGUUUUAAAAGUUAUUUUGCCAAUGGAAAACAAAUCGAGAUUUCUUGGCAAAUGGUCCUAUACUUGGGAGGGUCCUUUCCAAGUGAUAGGAUUAUAUUCAGGAAAUGCAUAUCGGAUCAAAGAUAUCGAAUCGGGAAAUGUAAUUGACUCGAUUAAUGGAAAAUACUUAAAGCAAUAUUAUUGUUUGCUAAAUUAA